GUUUUUUGUGCCUGAACUUUCUAUAUUGACAGUCUUUCAGUCUAAAGCUUUAUUGAUAUCACAACCCGUCCCAAGUUGGACGACCUAGAAGCACUUGAUGGCCGUUUUUACGUGUGGGACUGUCUAGGACUGUGCACUUUUAACGGCGAAGCCAGAAAUCGAACUCAGAACCCUUAGUAUUGCGUUAAAAGCCCAACCUAUUAACCAUAAUAUUACUUUGAGAUAAUAUUUUUGACUUCGUAACACUAUAUGCUGUAUUAUAUUGAAAUAAACAAGCAACUAUACACUUUUAAUUAAGUUGUAGCCGUAAAAAGAAUAUUUUAUUCAGCACUUAUAUUUUGUUCAAAUGGUUUUUUUCGUAGGUGCCUUACCCAGAAUUAGCAUUCAUAUAAAAAUAUAUCUGAUGAUAUGUUGCACAUGAUCGACCGAACAGAGACGUUUUAAAAAACCCUUACAUCAUUAUUCAUCUUUUAUGUCAAAACCAAGAGUAAUCAAAGAGUUAUCCACACCGACGGGUUCAACGAUUGCUUGUCAACCCCUUGGGGGAUGUGAAUAUCCCUCCCAAAGGGCUGACUUUGGAAAAAAAGGUAUUGUAUAUCCACAUCAAACAGUUCUGACAAAAAACAGCAAUAUACAUCAAACCCCAGUAUGGAUUUCAACCACUUCUCGUCCUGGAGUGAGUGGCUUCAACGCAAUGUCUCCAAGAGGGCGGCGUACUCUUUCCCCACCCCAACCUCCACCUCUACCUCCUCCACCACCUAGUCCGCAACUUGUGCCUUUAAAAGCUCGUUUGGCAAGAUCAAAAUCAACUGCUACAAGACCAGUAACUACUCGUCCGGAUUAUUGCCAACGGCUUCGUAAAGCUAGUGAUGGUGGAGCUCCUACACGCCUUACAAAUUCAAGUUCAGUUCGUACAAGAUCUACCUCAGAAUUGCGAUCAAGAAUUGAAGCUAAAGAUGAACCUUCAGAAAUUCAUACAGUGAGUGUGGAAUCAAGUGAGGAAAAACCAAGUGUAUCGACAGUUAACCCGAGUGCUUUCCUUCCUAUUGCUCAUCCUACUGAACGUAGUCCUGUUUAUGUCUGCCUUGCCAAUGUUGCCUUUUUAAGUUUAUCACUAUUGGUUACUAGUAUAUUUUCUAUUGUAUUUCUACCAUUUUGCCUGAUUGCUUGCCUUGUAAGACGUACUGGCAUCUGGAUUGCUAAUGUCUUCCAAUAUACCACAUGUUGUCAAUGCGGAGGAUUUCUUAUUUCUGAUAAUACAAAUCCUAUAAUUGAAUCAAUAAUGUCACGUUUGUCAGUCAGCAUGAAUUCCAAUCAAAGAUGUCAUUGUUUUACUGAUAAACAAUUAGAAAAUCGUUAUAGCAACUCAUUGAAAGCUCUUUCAUCUGCUGAACUUCGAUGGCUUCCAGCUCUUGAAUAUAAAUAUGAACUUGAUUGGAAUGGAACUAACUACGCUACUUUGUAUUGUUCAGGUCAUUCACCUAUAGUGAUUAUAUGCUUGAGAUUUGGUGCACCGGGAUUAAAAUUAGUACGCUUGCGCGAGUUGAUCAGUAACCGUUUACUCUCUCGGCCUUUUGACUGUUCAUCAGUUGCUUCAUCUCCAAGGGGUUCUUGUUUAACAGACAAAGGAUGUUCGGAUACUAGCAGGAGACGCUGUGAAAGUUCAUAUAUCCCACCUUCGGAUGCUAGAUCGCGCUUGACACAAUGUCUAACAUAUCUAUCAACUGGAUAUGCAUGGAGAGAAUGUAUGGCAUUUCAACUUGAAGAACAUGUAGUCCGAUUGUCUUCUAUUCAGACAAAAUCAGAAAUUAAUCCAUCACGAUCAUAUGGAUCAAAGUGGGAAGAUAAGCACUCGGCAAACCCAAAGAUGGUUAACUUGGAAGUGCUUCUUAAUGAACUGAGUAGUCUACCUUUGAGACUUGAUCGGCCACUUUGGAAGGCCCAUUUGAUGGAACACUUCUAUGAGGUGGGAUAAUCAUUAUAUUUUAAAAAUGCAUUCGUAAAAUUCAUUUUUAAUGCUUAACGGUUUUAAAAAGUAUUUUGUUGCAAAUGAAUUGUCUGCAGAAUAUUUAAAGAAUGGAGUAUAAUUUGAAAUCGAUAAUUAUUAUUAAAUGGCUCUAUUUAUCAAAAAAUUUACAAGUUUCAUGUAGCGUGUAAAUAUUGCAAUAUUCAUUUGGAAAUAUACUUGGAAUUUUCCUUAUUUUCUGAAAUAAAAAAUCAUUUAAAAUGUUUUCUGUCAAAGUAAUUGACAUAAAUAUACUGAUAGAUAAUUAAGAGAAGAAUGAUUGUGAUGAAACAACAGAACCGUCAGAUAUUGAAAGUGAUGCUGAUUCUGAUGAAUCUAAAACAUGCAAAACAUCACAUUCUAGUCGUAAACCUAUGAAUAAUAAUGGAGAAAAAUUGAAUAAAACAAAAAAGUGUUUAAUAAAUAAUUAUAAUCAAACAUAUGCUACUACUAAUAAUAAUAGUAAGAGAAAUUUAAAUUCAUUUGUAUGUCGACGUUCUGGUUCAUCAGGUGUUGGAAGUUUAUUGAUUUUUCAAUUUCAUGCAGCUUUAUCAGAUGAUGGUAAAGCAUUAGUUCAUAUGGUCACAAAUUGUUUAGCCGAUUUACCCAGUCGUACACAAACACCACAACAUUCACCAAAUAAACAAACACCAAUUCAUACAGCAUCAUCUAUAGACGAUCAACUUAAUGAAACAACCAUAAAUCAAUCAACAUCAGGAGCAAUUACAGCCACAUUGUCAUCACCAUCAUCAUCUUCAUGUGAUAAUAGAAGAAAAUGGAGAGGACAAAAUGUCAUCGGUGGAAAUUAUAGUGAUACAAAUGAGAAUAAUACUAAUACUAGUAAUAAUAACAAUAAUAUACAAAAUGGUAAGAGAAUUUUUCCUUUCACUUGUCAUUUUCAAUUGUGGUUUAUCAAUGAAAAUGUAUCACUAAUGUUCAGGGGACAGUUUGAAAAAUUGCUAACUUUGUAUUUUUAUGUUUAUUUCACCAGUUCAAUUAUUGAAGUAUUUCGAAUGCCUUACAAUUGAAAGGAAAUCGAUAACAUAGUAUAACUGAUAUUAUCAAAGUUCAGAUAAAACUGAGAAAUCAUCUGAAAUGUGUUUUUGAUUAUCUUAUGUGAAAAAUGUAUUAUAGAGGAAUAAUUACAUUUAACGGUUAAAAUACUACGUCACUGUAAAAUGGGGAAAGAAUAAACAAUUUAAUCAUAGUAAUGAAACAUAAUGUAAAAUAUGAUGAGUUAAUGGUAUUUAUGUAAUCAUCAGAAUGAGGAUUUCUGGAGAUUGUAGUAAUUUUAAUAGUUGAAUUUGUGAGUCGGUCUAAUCUAUAUCAUCAUCGAAAAUCUGAAAGCACUGGACGACCGUUUCGCCUUAGUGUGGGACUCCUCAGCAGUGCGCAUCCACGAUUCCUCACUCGGGACUCAAGCCCAGAAGCUUUGGUCUUGCGCCCGAACGCCGGCUCAGUGGUUCAGAGGCUAAGGGUUCGCGCGCAACAACAAAGGUCCUGGAUUUAAGUGACGCGUUCGGAGUGGUGGAUGUGCAUUGCUAAGGAGUUAUAUACUAGGACAAAACGGCCUUCCAGUGCCUUCAAGUUUUCAAUGGUGAUCUAGCUUAGAUCGACUCAGGAAUUGAACUAUUAAAAUUCACAUAAUUUCCAUAUUUUAUCUGAAUUGAAGAAUUAACUGUGCGAAAAUAUCAUGUUUGAUAAAGAGAAUAUUGUCAAACUUAAUUAUCAAGAUAUUGAAACUUGUUAAGGAUUUUUUCGCAUCGAUGUAUAUGAUUUCAUUUGUUCGUCAUCCAUAACGUUCGCCAAUCUAAAUAAAUAAAAGCUUGUCUAGUUGUUGAAGUAUUUCAAGUUUCCCAGAACAAUUGAAUUGAAAUUGUAUAUUUGCAUACAACUUAGAGCUUAUGAAAUCCUAAAAACUAGUUCUUCCUUUACAUUUUACCAAAUCAAUUUUUUCGAUAAUUAACAAGUACAGUGUGAGAUACUGUUGUAAUUAACAGUGUAAUUCUUCUUGCAAAUUUGUUAAUGAUAAUUAAAUGUUCUGUUUAGCACAAGUGAUUCAACUUGAUUUUGGAACAUAUUCAUAAAAGUGCAUCAUUUAAUUUUUUGUUGAUUAUCAACAUUGUCUUUUAUAAAUGAAGUGUAUGAUUUAGGUUCGUGGCUAGCGGUGAUUUUAUCUUUGAAUACAUAAAAAUAAACCCAAAUAAUCACUGGUUCUAAAAAUCUGCGCAAUCAAUCAGUUGGUUCAAUUGAUUAGUAAAAUAAUCAAAAUGUUUCCUUAAUAAUGGACUUCUGUUGUGUUGCUUUAGUCCAUCUUUUGUUAAAUUACUGCGUUCAUGCUGCUAUAAGCCAUUCUUAUCCAGUCCGUUACCUUCUCAUGCAUUGUUAAUGCUUCUUUUAUAAGAUCUCCGGACGUUUUUGAAAUUUUAUUUCCGUAUUUAUCUUAGUAAGUGUUGCCAACUAGAGCCCGACCGUAGCUGCUACCUUGACGCGGUGGUCGGGCUUGCCUAUCGUGAUGAGCCAACCGAGCUAUAUUGGCUAGAACAUAUGUUCCUGUAGGUUCUACCAUGCCAGGCAGGUCGAUUGGAGAACGGUAAGGCUAAAAGCAGCAACUCAAGGUCUGAGGACGAAGUCGUACUGCUGACUGUAGAGGGCUGUGACAGCAGUAAGGUGUUUCCCUCGGACAACCAGCAUUUGCAGCGAUGCUGCCUUCUCACAAGGAAGGGUGAUGUUAGGAAAGGUCGACCCUAAAAAUGUCACACCUCACCUUACCUCACGGAUCUCCGUCUCCGGCGGUAAGGCCUUUUGAAGAACGGAGCUAACACGUCAAAAACCUCCCACAAAAAGGCCGUGCGCGACCAGCCUCAAGCAGUUGUUCGCUGGGCUCUGCGGUUACGCUCCCAGGCCGUUGAGGCCAACAUUAAUCCAUCUUCCUUUUCAGUUUCCUCAAGAAAUACCCUUCCACGGUGUGAGCAACCGGGAAGUGACACCAGCCCUCAUAUCCGUAACAACACACGAGACCAAGUUGGUCACAUUCAAAUCCUUCCUACACCUCCUAAUACCUCUCUUAUCUUCAUGACUAACCCUCCUCACGUCUCUUUAUCACUUUGCACCGCUAGGGCAAACGAUUCGAGUACGCGGAACGCUAUUCCUGGUCUCCUGAAACCACUCUCUAAACUACACGUAGAAGCUUUUAACGUAUGAACACUGUGCCGAAUAGGACAACAAGCUUCCUUAGCUAGAACUUUAGAAUUUCGAGCCAUCGAUGUGUGCUGCGUCUCCGAAACGCGCAUACAGGAUCCGAGUAGCGUCAUUCAUUUGACCUCACCAUGACAAAAUAAAGAACCGACUCGAUUUACGCUUCGUGUAUCUGGAGGCCCAGAUGAUGCUUCUCAUGGCCUCCCGGCGUAGGUAUAGCAUUAGUACUGCUGUUCAUUCAUCUGAAUAUCUGUCUUAUGUUUACGACUAGAAAUAACCUUUAUUUUUUCAAACAAACUAAAUAGUUCUCAUUAAGAUUAGUGAUUCAACUAUCUUUGUGAUUUAAAAUGUAUAGGUUUUUUAACACUGAAAGAGGAAUUUAAGCAGAGUAGCAUGAAUUCAUCUUAUUUUGUUUGGUUCUUAUCGGUUACUUAUAGCCUGUAGUAUUUCAAAAUGCCAAUGCAAAUGGAUUAAAAUCAUUUAUAUGAAAGAGUUUGGAAGUUCCUGUGAUUGGAUAUCAGUAUAGUAAAUUUGUAGAUAAAUUUAAUGGACCAAAUAAAAUAUCGUAAAUAAAUAUCUUACGUAAAAAGGCGUUCUACGACACUGGUAGUAACCAAAGACCAGAGAAUUUGAAUGAAGGAAUCAGGUAGCAAAUAAACACUGAUAAUAAGGGAAAGAGAGGAAUCUAUAUGAACUAUAUUAAUUCUUACUAAUCUAAAACAUUUUACUUCUGCACUCAAGAAUGUG